AAUGAGGGAUAGCAUUCCAACAUCCUUACCACCCACACGACCAUGUCAGACGCAGCGGCAAUCAAAGCAGAAGCCAACAAGGCGUUCGCAGCUAAGAACUACACGGAAGCAUCCAAACUCUAUUCUGAUGCCAUCGCUCUCGACCCCUCCAACCAUGUCCUCUUCUCCAACCGAUCAGCUUCAAAAGCUGGUCUGAGAGAUUACCAGGGAGCUUUGGAAGACGCCGAAAAGUGCAUCGAGCUCAAUCCCGACUUCUCCAAAGGGUACGCUCGAAAGGGAGCUGCAUAUCAUGGUCUUAGGCAGUACCCUGAGGCAGUGAUGGCUUACGAUUCGGGCUUGGAGAAGGAUCCGAGCUCGGACGUACUGAAGAAGGGCCUGGCAGAUGUCAAAAAGGCCAUGGAUUCGGACCCUGGCAGUCCAUUUGGACCGGGCGGAGACAUGGGCUUGGGCAAGCUAUUCAAGGAUCCAGCGUUGAUCAGCAAGUUGGAAUCACACCCAAAAACAUCAAGCAUGAUGAAGGACCCGACGUUCAGGACACGCGUCAUGGCUUUGCAAUCCGGUACAAAGGGUGCUGAAAUCCAAGUCAUGAUGGCAGAUCCUCGGAUGCUCACUGUACUUGGCGUCGCCAUGGGCAUAGACAUUGAUGCGAUGGAACGUCCCGAGGGAUCCCAUGAGAUGCCACCCGGAAUGGGCGGAUCCUCUGCCGGUGCUACCCGAUCUUUCCCAUCUGAACCACCUUCCUCCUCUUCUGCUCCCUCUCAUCCCGCACCUGAACAGCCAAAACCGAAAGAGCCAGAACCAGAGCCAGAGGCGAUGGAGGUCGACUCUACCGAGGCGGAUGGAAAAAAGGAGGCAGAGGAGCUCAAGGCCAAGGGCAAUACCGCGUACAAGGCGAGGAAAUUCGACGAAGCUAUUGAGCUGUAUCAAAAGGCUUGGGAGGUCUACCCCAAGGACAUUACCUACUUGUCCAAUCUCAGUGCGGUCUACUUUGAGCAGGGAGACUAUGACAAGUGCCUCGAGACGUGUGAAAAGGCAAUUGAGGAAGCGCAUGAAAUUCGAAUUGAUUUCAAGAUGUAUGCCAAAAUCUACGCUCGAAUGGGAUCAGCCUACACCAAGAAGGAGGACUUGGACAAUGCCAUCAAGUAUCUCGGCAAGAGCUUGACAGAACACAGAACACCGGACGUCCUGACAAAGCUUCGGGCGGCCGAAAAGGCCAAGGUAGAAAAGGAGAAAGCGGCGUACGUGGAUCCAGAGAAGGCAGAAGCAGCCAAGCAAGAGGGCAAUGCAGCGUUCAAGGCUGGUAAAUGGCCAGAAGCCGUGUCGCAUUACACCGAAGCGAUUAAGCGAAAUCCCACCCAGGCCAAUCUCUACACGAACCGAUCCUCGGCAUACACUAAGCUUCUCGCUCUACCUGAAGCGCUGAAGGAUGCCGACGCAGCGAUCAAGCUGGAUCCCAACUUUGUCAAAGCGUAUAUACGCAAGGGUUUGACUCAACAAGCGAUGAAGGACCAUUCGGGUGCAUUGGAGACGUUCCAGUUGGCUACGGAGAAGGAUACUGCCAAGGCGCACACUCGUGAGAUUGAGACGAACAUGGCAAAGGUCGUAAUGGAGAUGGAAUCUCAGCGAGCUGGCGAGACAGAUGAGCAGACGUUUGAGAGAGCGAUGAGAGACCCCGAGAUUGCAGAGAUCAUGAGCGACCCAGUGAUGAGGCAAAUUCUUCAGGACAGUCAGACCAAUCCAAAGGCGCUGCAAGAUCACAUGAAGAACCCGUUGAUCGCCAAGAAGGUUCAGAAGCUUGUCAACGCGGGUAUCAUCCGUACACGCUAGAGCAGGGAAGGGGAGACGGAGCGAAGCAGAUUACCAGCAUGAGAUCCAGAUGCAUCAUACAUAUUCAA